AUGAUAACAUCAACAAUUGAAACAUUUGUAUUGAAAUUAUUAUCGGAAAUUGGUUUAUUAGCUCAACACUUAGUUCGUGUACGUGCACAAUUUCAUGCGGCUAAAAUAGCAAAAAGUCAUGCACAAAAUGAUGAUGAUACAGCUACUAUCUUAUUCGAUUGGAGCGAAAAUUACAAUUUAAGACAAACUAAAGAGGAAAACGGUACGAAACUGUAA